GCUAAACCAAUGUCUCCACCUUCUCUUUCUUUCUUCUCCGAACAUUAUUUUUCUCACAGAACCAUGUUUGUGACUCUUUAUAUUGUCCUUCUCUUGGUUUUUGGUUCUUACAACGCCACGGCAAGGGUCGGACCAGUUAAGGUUUCUGAGUCGGAUAUAGUUCAAACAAGAUCAUCAAGACAAGAGAUCACUGUGGGUUUUAGAUUCAAAGGUCGUGUGUUCCAUUUGUUAUCUAAAAAGGAUGACGAUGAGCAAUCGGGGAUUUGUGAAUUGCUUUCAAUGAUGCUCAAAUCAGUUUUUCAUGGAACAAUAGAGCUUUGGAACCGAAUUUGAGUUUGUGUCAGUGGGGCAUGCAGAUAGUAAAGGAAGCGAACAGGGGACGUCGCAUUUGUGGAUACGUUUUUUCAUUUUUUUCCAAUUUAUGAUUUAAAUUUAAAUGUUUUAUUGUGUGGAACCAAUGUACAUGGCCUUAGUUGCAAGAACUAAAAU